GUAAGCAGCGAAAAUUGUAAAUAUGUCGGCUUGAUUGCCUGCCGACAAGAUGAGAUUCAAUAAGCAGGAGCUAUUAACUCUGGCUACGCAGCCUUCGCAAAAAUUCGAGAAAGAGGGUAUCCUGUACGUAAGAGAACGGCAAGAAGGCUUCUUUCGCAGGACGGAAAUAAGUCUCGAACGAUGGUGCAGACUGCGAGGCAACCUUCUGUUCUAUUUCAAAUCGCGGGAACAGUGGUCGGAGCCGUUAGGAGUGAUAAUACUGGAGCAGUGUACGGUUCGUGUAGAUCCGUCCAGCAAUCACGUUCCUUACGGAUUCAGCAUAGUUUUCGACGGAGGCUUGUUUCAACAGUUAGGCGCGAACACGGCCGAGGAACGAGACAGUUGGUUGCAGGCGCUGCAGCUGGCCAGCUACGAGUGCAUGCGGAACCAGUUGUUAUCGUUGCGACAGCGCAUCGAGGCCUUCAGCGGACACAAACACGACACCGACAUACAGAUGUUGCGGCUGCAGCGCGGGACCUUCACAGAUCCGGCGGAAGUACCAAUGUGCGAGAUAUCGUUAGCUUGCGACAAUCUAUUGUGUGAUGGACACGGCCGACCACCUACUCCCGUUUUAGAAAUAGAUGUACAGUCUAAAUCUUCUAAAACUUGGAUUAAGUACGCACGAACUGAAGUUGUAGAGCGAAGUAGUAAUCCGAAUUUCUUAACUACGGUAAGCUUUCGAGCUAGUGAUGGGUUAACCACUGAAACGAAAAUUAUGAUAACCGCGUACGACGUUAGAGAAAGAGUCAGUCAGACUGCAACUCCAAUAGGAAGUGCUGUAGUGACAUUCAGUACAGUACAAGACACUCCUAGAUUAAGGAUACCAUUAAAAUCAGCGAAAACAACGACAGUUGGAUUUUUAACAAUUAAUGUGUGGAAUCUGGAAGCAGAAGAUAAAGGAAAUAGCACAGAAAGUACACCAUCGCGAAAUGCAGUAUACAAUAGUAAUAAUCAACAACAGCUACCCUCGCACAGACGCUCACAAUCGUUACCUCCGAGAUUAGGGACAAAAAUUAAAUUUCCACAUCAAGGCCAAUUAAAACUCCUUUUUGCGAAUCCAUUUGUGCAAACUUACAGAUUUCACUCCGGAUUAGGGGGUGAUAUAUGCGUACAUGAGAUUAUGGCGGAGAGUAAACUCUGUUUCCAAUUUCCACAACAUUUAUUAGCUAUUUGGAUACAGGAAGAAAAGGAAUUAUUACAAGAGGUAGCUGGAAUGGGAGAGUUGAGAGAGCCGUGGCAUACGAAGCAAAUCGAAUUACUCGAUCGUCAUCUUCACUUGUUACAUUUGUAUUCCCAAGCCAAAGAAAACUUAGCCGCCUACAAAGGAAGUUAUUUUAAACAGUCCUCACGUAAGAAUGACCGUACUCUUGAAUUUGCGCCUUUGAAUUUACAUCUUCAACGAAUGUGGGUCCACAACGAUACAUUGAAUAAGUGCGGAUUUUAUGAUUUUAUCAGUGUAGGAGCGUUUACAGCCCAUUCCCAUAAAAGCAAAAACGGCGGACUCAUAAGAUUGGUGCAGGCACUAAAGGAGUCGCCUAUGCGAAGUAAUCAGCUGUAUCAAGGAACAUCGAAAAUUACGAUGGCGCAUGAUGCGAUUCAAGCGAUUAAACAAUUACGCCGGGACGUUGUAGAAGCAAUGAGAUCUUUGAUGAAACUUGCCAAGGAGAAGCAGACGAGUGGCAUGUUGCCGAUAUGCGAGGAUAUGAUCACAAAAACUAGAAUCUUACUUAGUCUUUGGGAUCCUGGCUUAGUAGAGGAGGCUUUAACGUUUUUGGAAGAGUAUAAAGUCGCGAAAGUCCAGGAGAAUUCGACCACGUCUUCGGACGAUACUUUGACGCUGGAUUUUAAAAUUAAUCAAUCCUUGUCACCCUUUAAACGAAUCACGCAGCAACUUAAUUUCGACUUAAAGAGUCCUGAUUUCGACGAUUUCGUUACACCCGACACUCCCGAAUGUGUGCCAGAUAUUUGGUCGAAGAACGGCAUCAGAAAUGGCGAGUACACUUCCAUAGCGUAUUCGAGAAAUGAGGUGCUAAACAGUAACACCGGUGAGGGCGACAUUGCGGAAGAGAAUUUUGUAAUAUUUCCGGAUGUGGACGAUUAUCCUAAACAGGCAGAAGCGGAAAUCGACGAGAGUAAUCAGCGAAAUCACGACAACGAAAAAAAAGAGGGUUACGAUGAUGAGAAGGAAGAUUUGAAGAACGAUACCGAUCCGUGCAAGCGUUUCUUGGAUACUCAGAAAAUGUGCAAUUCGCCAUCCGCAAAUUAUUACAAACCCACGGACGAGCCGGAGCCAUGGGAUCUCACUCAGUUGAAUAUCGAGGCGAGCGUCAUGUGCCUCGUGUCUAAGGUGAAGUUUCUCUGUGGCAGAUGCAGCAGUCCAGCCGUACGAUUACGUAACAAAGGUAGUCUGGGUAGGUCGCAGAGUUUGAAGGGCUGCUUGCCAAGCAAUCGGCAUAAUGUUGAAGUCGUUACCAUUCAGCCAAAGAACGGUAUCAAGUGCGAGGAAUCGAACAAAUUGCUCGAGGAAUCAAAUGAGUUGCAGCAGUCCAGCCCAGGAUUAGAGAAAUCAGCGCUUUCAAAGGCAAAGGAAGGGAUAACCGAUACUUAUUGUAACUCAUCUUCCAAUGAAGUGUGCCAAGCAGUCGAUUCGAUGACACGUGUGAUCAAAAGUAAUUCGGGACAGAGGAACAAGUUUACCGAGGGCCUAGACUUCGCGUCGAUUGUCGAUUGGACGAGCGAGCUCAGGCCGAGCAUGAAGAAGCUACGGCAAGCUAUGGACGGUCUGUUGAAAACUGCCAGACUGACACAUUCUGUAUUUCGCGUACAGGAGGAUUCAAAAACGGCGCAACGCGCAUGCAACGUCCGGUAUAGACGAGACGUUUGCUUCAGUCAAGCGCUGACUGCCUUAGUAACCGGCAUAAUGGCGAAAUUAUGGUGUCAACGGCCCGACCCGAUGUUUCUGCUAAUACUUACAACUUUGGGACCAUUGGUCUCUUUUGAAGGCCUUCUUAGCUAUUACGGAGACGAAAUAGACAUGUGGGGCGACAUGGCCGUAGCGGUCGAAGAUACGCAUACUGUCACAUUCACUCUGUCCAGAUGUGGCAUUCAACCGAGAGUUGAAGGAAAGUCUAACGCAUUCCAGCUUCCUGUGCCGCGCGUAGUAGGCUCACGAAGUGCCCUAACGGUGAUACUCCCGGUUCCAGACGCGAUUUACUCUCUCUUGCCAUUAGUGCCCUCCUCAAGACAAACGUUGUCGUUUAAUGUAACGCCCGUGUUUUUCAAUGUCGGUAUCAACGAAAUGGCGUCCUUAGCCGAGAGCCUUGGCACCACGAAGCCACAGGAGAAGAGCAAUAUGGACAACUUUGAUAGAUUGAACGAAUAUUAUUUAAGAUUUAAAAAACUGAAUCUACCGACAGAACCUGCAUCUACGCGUUUUGCCACUAGGUCAAUUCUAGGCCAUACAUUGUCGGACAUGAUGACGAAUUUAAAGACGUGUGUGCAAGAAAGAGUCAAUAAGAAUGUAGAAAUCUUGCAAUUGUCCUCGCAAAUAUGUCGAAGAAUGCGUGGUUUGAGAUUCACCAGCUGCAAAAGCGCGAAAGAUCGAACCAGUAUGUCUAUCACUCUUGAACAAGUCAAUAUAUUAUCGUCAGAGUAUCACCUGGCUGAACAUGAAUACAUGAGGGCUCUCGACUGUAUGCGAAGUGAGGGCUGUCGCCGAGAGAACACGUGGAAGAAUAUUGGUGUGCGCAAGUACGCGUUCAACAGCUUGCAGAUUCUGACGCUGCCUAAAUUUUAUCGACCACCGACCGGCACGUACGGAUCUGCCCAGUCUUAAGGAGGAAUCCAAUUAGCGUUACGUACGCACAUUGCACAAAAUUAAGUUUGACUUUCUGGCUGUGUAAUCGGAUUAACUUCCGUAGUAUGUGCUAAGUAUAGUACUUGUUACAGAGUAGCAGAUUCUGAAGAUGCGUUUAAGGCCCGAUUGUACUAAAGUAAUUUCGAUUUUAAGCGAGACUUAAAUUGUCUCUGUCUCUCUUUUAGCUUUAAUAUGAGAUGGAUAAAGUUUUAAAUCUCGUUUAAAAUCAAGUAAUGUUGGUGCAAUCGUGUCUAAGUGACGUAAUUCUUUAGAGAAUUUAUUGGAGACACGCGACUGGCACGUGUUAGGCAUACGAAAUGCCCCAACCAGGGACGUAGCAAUAUGAUAAUAAAAAGAAAGAGCUUCUGCAUUCGCUUUUUACUUUUUUUUUUCGUUGAGAUUACUUUUUUGUUUAUGCGUUCUGAAAUUCAACUAAUUGUUGUGUGUAUAGAAAUUCAUAUAUUUUAUUUUCGAACUUAAGAGCUGUAGCUACGCCCCUUAUCAUCCCGAAAGCAGAAUUUAAGUGCAUUUAUUGCCUAGAUUUGCAAUGUAGAAUCAACAUGAAUUAGCGUAAGUUUGGUUCUACAAAAUAUAAGCGGUAAAUUAUUUACAUAAUGUAUAUUAUAAUGGGGCUGGCCGAAAAUGCAGGGUGAAUCGGAUUAAAAGAAAAUUUCCUUGCUGCUUCCAUUCUUGUAGUUUCUAUUGUUUUUUUUAUCUACAUGCCGUUUAUAUG